AUGGAUGCGCCUGGUAUUGUGGACGGCGCUUUGAGUAUUUACAAGACGCUGCCUCAGGCUGUUGCAAAGCGCAAGGUGUUGGAGGAUCAGCUGGAUGUAGGGGACCAUAAUGAAGAUAGGAACGAAACUACAUACCUCAAUCUUCAGGGAAAGAAAGAUGAAGACGUAUGGAGUGAAGAUUUCGCGUACCUCGAGAUUCUGGCGAAGGACUCGGAAGCCUGA